ACGUGGCUUGGGGUAGGAUAUUCAAUAAGACAGUUAUCGCUGUCUGUCUCUCUCUCACUUCUAGCUGCGACUCAGCUGUUUUGGAUGGCAGGGACAAGCCGGAGCAAGCAUUUCAGCAAUCUCGACAGGCACCCUGCAUGUUGAUCAGGAGCACUCUGCAGAAGUCUGGCCUCAUGAGCGCUGGACCUGGGAGGCCCGUUUGGGCUUUGGCUGCUCUUCUGAUCGGUGCUGCCUUGCUGGCUGUCACUUCGACAUCCUCUUCCGGUGGGAAGAAAGUGACUCAGACGGCCCUGGCUCAUGCGACAGCGGCUGCUGCCGGCCCAGGUACCUGGUGCGCCGAGGAGAUGCUGGGCUUCCACAGCCUCACCAAGCUGUUGUCCAGAGAGGGUGCAGAUAUUUGGUUCUGCUCCCUUGUGGGCUCUAUUGCUGUGGGGCUCAGUGGAAUCUUCCCCCUCCUGGUGAUCCCUAUUGAGGCAGGAGCAGCACUGAAAACUGAGGCUGGUUGCCAGAACUUAAAGAAGCUGCUGAGUUUUGCAAUCGGAGGUCUCCUUGGCGACGUCUUCCUUCACCUCCUCCCUGAAGCCUGGGCUCACACAUCCAGCAAUAACCAGAGAGAGAAACACUACCGCACCCAAGGCUUGUGGGUGGUUAUGGGAUUGUUGUCCUUCCUUCUGCUGGAGAAGAUGUUUCCAGACGAGGACGGCAGCACUGUAAACCAUGCAAACAGUUCCUCUUCAGCAAGCCACCAGUGUGACUGUUUUACAUCUUCAGAAAUAAACGGCUUAUGUUCCAACAAUAAUUCCAACUCCAAGCCAAGAACUGACAUCAGCUUACAGCCUGGACGAGAGAAGAUAAAGACGAGUGGCUAUCUGAACCUUCUGGCCAACUGCAUUGACAACUUCACCCAUGGCCUGGCAGUAGCAGGGAGCUUCCUAGUCAGCAGGAAGGUUGGCUUUCUGACGACUUUUGCAAUCCUCCUGCAUGAGAUCCCCCAUGAGGUGGGAGAUUUUGCUAUUCUGCUACGUGCUGGGUUCGAUCGCCGGAGUGCAGCAUGCAUGCAGUUAUCCACGGCACUGGGUGGAGUUCUAGGGGCAUGUUUUGCUCUUUCUGCUCAAUCACAGCAAGGCACAGACAAUGCCACAGCCUGGAUCCUGCCCUUCUGCUCUGGAGGCUUUCUCUAUAUUGCAUUGGUCAAUGUGGUACCUGAUCUUCUGGAGGAGACCAGCUUCAGACAUUCUUUACUCCAGAUCCUGUUGAUCUUUUGUGGUGUCGGCGUCAUGGCACUGCUUUCUGCUAUAGCGGACUAGCCAGAGGACAACGCUGCUCUCGCUUAUAGACUUUCUGAAUGAAAAACUGACCUCUACCAGGUUGGAGAAAUGAUGGACAAUGUACUCCAGUGUUUAAGCUUUAAAAAUGUUUUGAGACUGACCCAAAGGGAUGUUCAGACUAUCAGGUUUGUGAGUGGUGUCAUAUGUAUAUGUGUAAAAAAAAAAAUUUCUUUUGUCUUGGACCUAUACACAGGCACUUUGAUCAGAAAUGUAGCUGACAAACACCAGAGCAAAUGGUGGGAAAGGAAUGUACAAAAAGACCAAAUUACAACGUUUGGCUUGUUCCAGUGAGUAAACAAUUGGGCAAAGAUAGAUGUACAGUGAACAUAUUAAUGGCUGUUGGGUCACUGUGUAUAAUCCUGUCAAAUAUUUAGCUGAACAUUGCAUGACUUGAUGUUUAGUAGUACGCCCAUAAAGCUAUGCAUUUUGAUAACAGAAAUGAGGAGUAUGCUAUUUAGCUCAAAUUUCCCAAAUGUUAGUUGGCCUGAUUUUGCUCUGGUUUUUGGCAGAGUAUCCUGAUUUUCUGCUGUUCUGUCAAUUCUCUCAAACUCGUGCUCGAAUUUAAUGAGCAGCCUUGGGUCUUCAUGGUAAAGCCACCCACGGACACUACAGGCGUAAUUUAUUCACAAACCUCCCCACAGACAGUCAUAACAGGUGCACUAACUUUUCCUUUCCAAGUAUUAUUAUACCGCUUUAAAUUGUGCAUUUUUAAGCAUGCUGCUUUACUUUUUUGUACAGUGUUAUUUUUCCACUAAUUUUAUGUUCCACUACACCACUUGGGAUUAGCUCUGGAUUAAAGCAAAUGUAACAAUGCAAACUUUAUUUAGCCGAUUAAUGUUUUAGAGCCUUAGUGUUGUCCAUUACGCGUUACUGGUUUAUUCCUUCUCUCAUGGCCUUUGGAUUUUAAGAGGUCUUGACGACUAAAGCUGACUGAGCGUACAUGAAGUGUCCAAAAUGAGAUUAAUCACUUAUUUCUCGCAAAAGAUGUGGCUUUUUUUUUUUUUUUUUAAACUUACUGUCACAUUGUAUAAUUUUCCCCAAGUAUGAAAAUCACUGUAAAACAGAAUGUUACUGAAAGUGAUGUCAGUCAUCAGGUCAGAGUAUUGUUUCAUAAAUGUGUGUAUAUAUAUUUUUUAAAAAUGAUAUUUAUUGUCUGUAAAAGGUCAUGUAUGAGAAGGAACAAAGUUUUUAACACUUCCAGCACUGUUCUUGAAAUAAGAGCUGAAAUGUCUGUAGUUUUAUUUGUUAA